GAUGAGUUCUAUAGAAUCAGUUUGUUCUGCUGGGAACUUGGAGGAAAUUGACAACUUUAUUACUUGUGAUAAAAUAAAUCUUUACGACCAGAAAGGUUUACAGUUUAAGUUACAGUUUUUUUUUAAAUUAACGACAGUUCUUUCUGGCAUUAAUUACGUUCUCUUAGGCUUUGCUCCUAUUCAUUACGUUUGUCAAAGGGAUACCUAUGAUGUACCUUCUAUCAUUGAAUUGCUCGUGUCCAAAGGAUGUAAUAUCAAUUUGACAACGAAAGAUCGUAGGGACAACGCCUUACAACUAGCUAUAAGAAGUGACUCAUUUAUGCAGCAUGUAAUUGAUGUAUCUGUUGUCUUACUCAAAUUAGGAUUGGACUCGUCGUCUAGGAACAAUCAAUUACGAUCGGCUUUCGAUGAGGCUAUAGACGCUAACUAUCCUCCUCUAAUAGAAGUCUUAUGUGGAUCAAAGACAAUCGAAGAAUUGGAGAUUGAUAAUAAGUUACAUAGGGACGAAUAUUAUUGCAAUUUACUAAUAGAGCACAUUAAAAAAGGCAAGAACGAAGCAAGAUUGUAUGACAUUUUGAGGAGAAAAUUCGCUCUAGACACCCGAGACAAAGAAAACGACACGCCUUUGAACUUAUCCAUUAAGCUAGAAAGUUUAAGGAAAGAUAAUAUUAUGCUAAAAUUAGUUGAAUUCUUCCUCAAAUCAGGAGCUGAUCCGUCUUUAAUUGACAUUGAUGAUCACGAUGCUUACUAUUUGGCUGAUGUAAAAAAGUAUAGAGAUGUACAAAGAUUAUUACACAAAUUCAAAAAUUCUAAAGAACCUGAAAUAGUUGAAUGUGAACCUCUACAGUCUGCAGAUUUAGAAUCUCCAUCAGAGACACCGUCAGAAUCUCCGCCAUUAAACGGUCUAGAAAAGUUGAACGAAGCACUUUUUGACGCCAUUGCUUUUGGAGAAUUAUCAGAGGUUGAAGAAUGUUUAAAAACAGAAGCUAAUCUGCAAGAGAAAACUGAUGAAGGUUACGGCGUUUUUCACUUAGUCUGCAUAAGAGAAGAUGAACGAGAUCGAACAGAAAUUUGUAAGGCUUUGUUAAAAGCGGGAGCACCUGUAGAUAUAAUUGAUGAGAAAAAAGAAUCGCCACUGUUUGAGGCAGCUAGAAAGAAUCUUGAUGAAAUAGCACAUUUAAUUUUAACUCAAUCAAAUUCAUAUGCAGCUACAAAUAAAGAUGGAUUUACAGCUAAAGAUAUUGCGACUGAAAAGAAUAGUGAAGAGACUCUAAAAGUAUUUGAAAAUUAUGAAAAACGUAAAAGGGCGUUAAAAAAUUGGAAAAAGGCAUCAGACAAGGCAAAAACGUGCUUUAUAUUAUAA